AUGAAUUUUAAAGCAAUGUAAUGAAAACUCAGAAUUCAAGCAAGCAUUUUGACAUGGGAAAAAGACUCAAAUGAACUCUUUGAUUAUGACUCAAAAAGCGUCUCUAAAAGCCUGAUCAAAACUGAAACACCUUCCUUUCUUCUUAGAAAUGGAGAUUAAGAUUAGCCGUUCGCACUUGCGGUGCCGGGGAUUUGCGCCCCUGCACGCUCUUCGCCCCAUAAGGAGCCUCGGCAUACGACAUAAACAAAGGAUUUCCGACCCCUUUCCACCUAAAUCCCCAACACUGGGCAGUUGCCUGCAGUUGUGAGGAAAUAGAGUUGAGAGGUCAGGUGGCACGUCGUUUCCAUUUUCAUGUAUAUGUAUAUUAGAAAUGGAGAUGAUCUUGAGUUUUCUUCAACCUUUCGCUCUCUUGCAGGGACAAGUGGAAUGAAAUAUAUUUUAAAAGUCCAUCUUAUUGACAGUAACUCAUAAGCAGAAAACUUUGCAAUAACCCCAGUGAGCUCUGUAAAUGGAAAAAAACUCCGAAGAGAUCAUUUCGAGAAAACGUGGCUUGUUGUAAGGGCAUUGAAAAAUUCCCAUUCUGCUAAAGGCUAUAGACUUGCCGAAGGCGAUGUGAUAAAACUAGGAAAACUGAAAUUUAGGGUAAAAGAAAUAAGCUCAACGGCAGUCCCUGGACUUGAAACUUUUAGUAUGUCUGAUAUGCUUUCUUACUUACUUAGUUACAUAGUUUUAAGGUGUCUAGUGCCCACACCCCUUAAUGAAAAAGGGUCAAAGCGACAACUAGUGACGUCACCAAGCCAUCUUGGAAUAUGUGGUCAGCCCACACCCAAGCCUUCUAUAAGGCUAGUCGUCAGAUAAAUCGCCGCACAUCUCACCCGGCGCGUUGCCGUCGCUCGUCCAGACUCAGCUCCUGCGCGUGUUCCGCCUAAGGGUCAUCCUCCCGUGGGGACGUGCUGAGAGGUAAAACUCCGAAAUCUUGAGUGCACUGAGGAGUCGUGCCUUUGGUUAUCCCCAAAGUUAAACGACUAUUGCUGUGCAGAAGUUCUCGAGAGAAAACCCAACCCCAUAAAUAAAAUUCCAUGAGGGAGAGAAAAUUGGCAGAGCCAAUUUCUCUCGAACCGAAUGCCAUUUUAUUUAUGUCUGAUAUGCUUUCACAAAAUCAAAGCAGCGAGCACAGUGAAGAGCCUCCUCCAUCCAAAAUUUAUAAGCUGCCUUGCAGAAUCUGUUUAAGUGAGUCAAAUGAUGACGAUAACCCUCUAAUAGCUCCGUGCAAGUGCGAUGGGACUAUGAAAUAUAUUCAUAUAAAAUGUCUACAACAGUGCUUGAGAUCAAAAAUCACUAGCAGAUAUAGCGACUGCUCAGUGUCAUUUGUAUGAAAAAAACUUUGUUGUGAUUUAUGCAAAAAAGAGUACCCAUAUAAAUUUAUUUUGGGGCAAAAAGUUAUAGAGCUUUUGGAUAUCCCUAAGCCGCCAGGGCAAUACAUUAUAUUGGAAGGCCUUUGUAAAGAUAAAACGUCUAAUAAGAGUUUGCAUGUUGUAAGUUUGUGCAGCAAAAGUUCAAUAAAAAUAGGAAGAAGCCAAGAGUGCGACUUAAGGGCGCAAGACAUAUCGGUAUCUAGGACCCAUGCGAUGCUAAAUUAUGCAGCUGGGCACUUUUAUUUGGAAGAUUCAGGAGGAAAGUUUGGGACUUUGAUACAAAUAAAGCGCCCUAUCUCAUUAGCUCAUAAAAUUACUAUACAAGCUGGACGAUCUAUUAUUACUUUCUCUAUGAAAAAACAAUUUAGUAUUAUCCCUUCCUGUUUCAGACCUAUAAGCACUAUGAUUGAUUCUUAUCUAACGCCUCAACCCGAAGGCAAUCUCCCUCUACUCCCUUACAAUACAGGAAUCCCUUUAAGUGUUAACAACCCAUAUGAUCUUCUUGAAAGUGCUGGCUUAUGCCCUCACAAGCCCGACGAAUACUCCAGAACUAACAAUGUUUUAUUUGAGCACAAGCAGCUCGGACUAAAUAGCUCCUAUGAGGAUGAAGAAGGCACUGAAAGUGGUGACUCAGUCGAAGAGGUGAAACUUGCAAUUUCUUCAGAUGAAGAAGACGAAAACGAAGAAAAAAGAUUCGAUACCUCUGCGAUUUAA